GAUGCUAAGAUUAUUAUUAUCAACAACAUUCAUCAUUUAUUCGCCAAUCAUAUUAUGGGCCAUGUGCAUUCAAUUUUCUCAUUAUUUAUAAUAAAAAUCAACUAUAUGAAUUUCGAAAAACAUCUAUUAAAAGAUGGAUGAUGUGACAAAUAGUGGAUCAUCACUAUCAUCCAAUAAUAACGGAACAGGUUCAAUUGUUCCCCAUCAAUUUAUAUUAACUGGUGGUGGUGGUGGUGGAAGCGAUGUUGUUGGCGCCAGUGCCGGUGUUACAGCUGGAACCAUCAACAUGAAUUCCGAUCAGCAACCAAACAAAAGACUAAAAACAAAUGACUCUUCAGAUUUUAAUUUGCACAUGUUUAAUAAUUUACCUAAUGAAUUAUCAUCUAAUAAUGUUGUCGAUAAUAAUAUUAUAAGCAAUGUUGUUCCAAAUAUUGUUAACAAUCCAUCCACAACUGCCACAGUUAACAUGCAUAGUUCACAGACAACUAUGGCUGGCCAUCAACAACAACAACAGCAGCAGCAGCCAACAAGUCUGCCACAUCUUCAAAAGCCCAUACAGAAUCCCACUCAAUCGCAAAUUCAGCGAACAAUAUUAACAAAUUCACCUACUGGCAUGACUCUUCAACAACAAUUGAGAAAUCCUCCUAUGCAGCAACAACAACAUCGUUAUGCAUCGCAACAAGGCGCCAAUUCUACAAUGAAUGCACCUCAAGUUCAAAUCAUGUCUCAACAACAAGCCCUACAACAAUUCGGUUUCAAUAAUAGUCAAGUUGCAACACCAAGAAUAGCUCAACAACAACAACCACAACAGCAACAGCAACAAUAUCGAUACAUGUCACCGAACCCAAACCAAAUCAGUAUUUCGCAAAUGCAACCGCAAGGAUCUCAACAAAAUCAGAUUCAAAAUUCUGGAGGAUUCACCACAACAAACCCAACCAUUCAACAGAACCAUAUUAGAUAUCCUAAUAAGCAACAACAACAACAACAACAGCAGCAGCAAAAUCCGAACCAAGGGCCUAAUCUGUUGAAUGCUGAUGCUGAAAAACGUAAAUUGAUACAACAGCAAUUGGUUCUUUUACUUCAUGCCCACAAGUGUCAAAGAAAAGAAGAACAACAACGACAAAAUGGCACCGAACCUAUGCCAUGUAAUUUGCCGCAUUGUCCCACCAUGAAACAAGUUCUUGCACAUAUGAAUAAAUGUACUGCUGGUCGACAAUGUACUGUUGCACAUUGUUCGAGUUCAUAUCAAAUUAUAAAUCAUUGGAAAAAUUGUAAUCGAAUCGACUGUCCUGUUUGUAAUCCCUUGAAACAAGCGAAUAAUAGAAAACCACAGCAACAGCCUCAAAUGUCUCAGAAUGCAGCCAACAACCAGAAUGUGAAUAGUACAAAUCACAAUUUGGUCAUUUCUCAAAUGAAUACAAAUAACAAUACCAUAAAUACACAAGGUCCCCAACAAUCUCAAGCCCAGACAUCUUUACCUCAACAACAACAACAGCAGCAACAACAACAGCAGCAGCAGCAACAACAACAGAUGCAACAGCAAUCAGAUAUGCAAAAAGCAUAUCAAUCACUAGGUCUUCCUUAUAAUAGUAAUUCAAUGUUUCAAACAAAUUCUCGAUCAUCAAACGUGAAUGCGACACAUUACGCUUCUAAUGCAAACCCUACAAAAGAUUGGCAAAGUAGUGUUAAUCUUGAGUUACGUCAACAUUUGGUUCAAAAAAUUGUUCAUGCCAUUUUUCCAAACUCUGAUCAAAACCUAUCUGUUCACGACAAACGAUUGCAUAACCUUUACUCAUAUGCAAAAAAGGUCGAAUGUGAUAUGUACGACAAAGCCGAUUCUAGAGAAGAUUAUUAUCGUCUUCUUGCGGAAAAAAUUUAUAAAAUUCAAAAAGAAUUAGAAGAAAAACGGCAACGAAGAAGAGAACAACAACAACAACCGAAUGUAUCUGCUCAACAACAGAUGAGCAACAUGGUUGUACCAAAUACUCGAUCACCGAUGCCCAAUAAUAUACAAGGAUUGCAAAGUCCAACCAGAGGGAAUAUGGUUGUUUCAACCAACAACACAACGAUGACAACAAAUUUCGUGAGUAAUCAGAAUCAACCACAAUCUGCUGCUGGACAACAACAGCAUCAACCAACAUCGGUGGGUGGACAAUUAUCCAAUCAAUUUUUUAUGCCGACCAAUGUUAAUCAACAACAACAACAACAGCAGCAGCAAGGACAACAAGCAUCGCCGAUACCACAUCAAAUAAAUCAGACAAACCAAUUUAGACAUACUCAAAACCACAAUCAAAACAAUUUUAUAAACAAUUCGACUUCGAAUAAUUCCAUUGUUCUAAUUCAUCAGCAACAGCAACCUAAUACUCCUCAACAAACCUUUUCGAAUCAAUCUCAGACAACUCCUCAACGUUCGCAACAACAGCAAUCAAUGUCAACAGCGACGAUCACAACAAAUUCUACCAAUAUAUCAACUAAUAUAACGAAUAUUCAACAACAACAACAACAACAGCAGCAGCAGCAGCAACAACAACCGUCGCUUAUUGGUCAACAACCUAAUCAUAAUCAGUUGCAAUUAAAUGAAUGCAAUAUUAAGACUGAAAUGAUGGAUGAUGCAAUGUCAACAACUUGUAAUUCACAAUUACAUGUUGGCACAGAUUUAUCCAAUGAAAUGGGUGUUGAUAAACUAUCUCAUUCGAAUAAUAUUUCAAAUGUAAAAGCGGAAAUUAAAGAGGAAAGAACUCAAAUGGAUGAACAAAAACCAAUUAUCGAUAAUUUUCAUUCCCCUGUUGGUUCAAAGAACAUUGAUAAUACGAUAAUGAAUAGUAGCGAAAAUAGUGGUGGUAAAGGUUCAGGUAAAAAUAAUUCAAACCAAACUCCCGUUUCUUCAAACCUUAAUGUUUCGUCAAUUAAAUCGCCUGGUUCUGCCAUUUUCAAUGCAGAUUCAAAAAGUGAUAUUAGUAAAUCUGAUCUAGAUAGUUCAUUAGAUACAAGUACAAAUCCGUCAUUCUCAUCCACUUCUACGACUGUAACGACAAAAUCAUCAAUAUCAUCGUCAUCAAGUGCUCCUUCCAAGAAGAAAACUUUUAAACCCGAUGAAUUACGUCAAGCAUUGAUGCCAACAUUAGAAAAAUUAUAUAAACAAGUACCUGAAUCGAUGCCAUUCAGGCAACCUGUAGAUCCAGAUGCUUUACAAAUACCUGACUAUUUUGAUAUAAUCAAACAUCCAAUGGACUUAUCAACCAUCAAGCGCAAUCUCGAUACUGGACAAUACACCGAUCCUUGGCAAUAUGUCGAUGAUGUCUGGCUCAUGUUUGAUAAUGCUUGGCUAUACAAUCGGAAAACAUCUCGUGUAUAUCGUCAUUGUUCUAAGUUGGCCGAAGUUUUUGAACAAGAAAUUAAUCCAGUGAUGAGAAAAUUGGGAUAUUGUUGCGGUCAGAAAUACGUAUUUCAGCCACAGAUUCUUUGUUGUUUUGGUAAACAACUAUGCACAAUACCUCGUGAUGCCAAAUAUAUGCAUUAUCAAAAUAGAUAUACAUAUUGUAUGAAGUGCUUUUCCGAAAUUUCUGGUGAUAAUGUCACAGUGGGUGAUGUACUUGGCCUAGAGCCCAAUUCAACAAAUACGCAAACCAUUCCAAAAAGUCAAUUUGUUGAAAGUAAAAAUGAUCAUCUUGAUUUGGAACCAUUUCUUGAAUGUAAAGAAUGUGGUAGAAAAUUACAUCAAAUAUGUGUUCUACAUUUAGAUCAAAUUUGGCCUGAAGGAUUCACUUGUGAAGGAUGCUUACGUCGUGAUGGAAGAAAAAGACGGGAUAAUAAAUUUGGUGCGAAACGUUUACCUCAAAGUAAACUGGGAACAUUCAUUGAAAAUCGUGUAAAUAAUUUUUUGAGGAAAAAAGAUUGUGGUGCUGGAGAGGUUUUUAUUCGUGUCGUAUCUAGUUCGGACAAAAUUGUUGAAGUUAAACCUGGAAUGAAACAAAGAUACUGCAACGGUAAAAGCGACUGGCCAGAUUCAUUCCCUUAUCGAGCCAAAGCAUUGUUUGCAUUUGAAGUCAUUGACGGAACCGAUGUUUGUUUUUUCGGCAUGCACGUUCAAGAAUAUGGAUCCGAGUGUAUGCCACCAAAUACCAGACGAGUUUAUCUAGCCUAUUUGGAUUCUGUAUACUUUUUUCGGCCUAAACAAUAUCGUACGGCAGUCUAUCAUGAAAUAUUACUGGGAUAUUUAGACUAUGCCAAACAAUUGGGCUAUACGAUGGCUCAUAUUUGGGCCUGUCCACCUUCAGAAGGUGAUGAUUAUAUAUUCCACUGCCAUCCACCUGAACAAAAGAUACCGAAACCCAAAAGACUACAGGAAUGGUAUAAAAAGAUGCUUGAUAAAGGUAUCAUCGAACGUAUCGUUCUCGAUUACAAAGACAUUCUAAAACAAGCAACAGAAGAUAAUCUCAAAAACGCCUCCGAACUUCCUUACUUUGAAGGUGAUUUCUGGCCAAAUGUCCUGGAAGAUUCUAUCAAAGAAAUCGAAAUGGAACACCAGAAACAACAACAAUUAAUUGAUUCAAAUAAAUCAGAUUCGUCUGGCAACGAAAAAAUUAUGGACGAUGAUUCAAUAGUAGAAAUGAUCGAUUCGGUUGACCAAAAAGACGGCGAUGGUAAAAUAAGCAAAGACUCUAAUAACUCUAAACAACAUAAAAAGAAUAGUGCCAAUAAGAAAUCGAAUAAGAAACAAAAUAAUCGAAAGAAUAAUGUUCAUUCACGUCUAAAGUCUGGUCCAUUGGCUAAUCAACCUCAAACACAGCUAACACCUGUGCAACAGUUCGAUGCCGAAUUAACUUCAAAGAUAUUUGCUAAUAUGGAAAAACAUAAAGAAGUUUUCUUUGUCGUACGAUUACACUCAAGUCAAUCGGCAGCAAGUCUCCCACCUGUCAGUGAUCCUGAUAAUCUGAUCAACUGUGAUCUUAUGGAUGGACGUGAUGCUUUCCUUACUUUAGCACGGGACAAACAUUACGAAUUUUCUAGCUUACGACGCGCUAAAUUCUCUAGUUUGGCCAUGCUAUACGAAUUACAUAAUUGUAACAAUGAACGCUUCCUAUAUUCGUGCAAUAGUUGCAAACGUAGUCUGGUGGAAACAAGAUAUCAUUGUAGCCAUUGUGAUGAUUUUGAUCUCUGUGUCCAAUGUUACGAAAAAGAUGGCCAUCAGCAUAGAAUGGACAAAAUCGAAUUCGGUGAUCUCAUGAGUAGCGUUGAUGGUGACGUAAGUAAUGUGGCUGGCGCAUUGAACUCUAGUUCCGGAGGUGAUGGGGAUGGAAAUAAUGAUCCAAAUGCACCUGGUUCUAAUGUUGGAACUUCCCCAAGCGAAACACGUCGUCAAUCAAUACAGCGGUGCAUCGAAAGCUUAUCACAUGCUUGUCAAUGUCGUGAUGCUAAUUGUCGUCGUCCAACUUGUUUGAAAAUGAAACGAGUUGUUCAACAUGCCAAAAGUUGCAAGAAAAAGAAUGUUGCGAAUCAAUGUCAAAUUUGCAAACAGCUUAUCGCUCUCUGUUGUUAUCAUGCCAAACAUUGUCAAGAACCGGGCAACAAAUGUCUUGUCCCAUAUUGUCAAAAUUUCAAACAAAAAAUACAGCAACAACAAAUCCAACAAAGAUUUCAUCAAGCUCAAAUUCUUAAACGUCGUAUUGCUUCCAUGUCUAUGGCUAUUCAUUCUCAAAGUUCUCAAUCGACCAGCAGCAAUAAUGGAACUACGUCCUGUCCUCCCCAGCCGUGUCAUAUGAAACCGGCAACGGCAACGCCUCCUCCUGCUGGAGCUUUACAAGCCGCUGCCGCUGUUCAAGCCGUGGCAAGGCAACAACAAACCACCCAAAAUAUGUCACCAAUGUUGGGAAAAGGUGGAAAACCAAUGCUGCCUUACAUGUCAUCACCUUCACCGCAAAUAUCUAAACCUCCUUCCAUGACUUCGAAUCAACCAGUAACGAUGCAGCCGAAAAUGGGUCCACAAUCCGACAUGCAACAAAGUUCGCAACAAUCUCCACAACAAUGGUUCAGUUCUCAAUCUCAACAAGCUCGAUUUACGCGACCACAAAUUAACACAAUGCAAUCCCAGACACAAUUUUCACAAUCGCAGAUGAUGGGCAUGCAGCAACAGCAAACCCAAAAUAUCGGAAGUAACCUGCCAUCGUUGUUAAUGUCUAAUCAAAACAUCCAGCAACAACAUCCGCAACAAAUCGGAUUGAAUCAUCAACAAACACCACAGCAGCAGCAACAACAACAACAGAUGACCAAUCCUAAUAUGUCACAACAAUUGAGCAACCAGCCUAACCAAAAUAAUUAUGCUCAAUUGAUAAAAACUUUCAAGAAUUCAACAACCAGCACCAAUCAAGAAGUGAUGUCAUUUAUUAAGAAUGAUCCUAAAAUGAUGGCAACUCUAAUAAGAACACAACAACAUCCAUCUCAGCAGCAACAAAUGUCUAUGCAGCAAAAUAUGAUCAAUCAACAAGGUUCGAAUAUGGGUUCACAAUUAUCUCAAAACCAAAAUUGGUAUGGUCCUUCCCAGGCGCAAUCACAACGAAUGAUGAAUCCUGGACAACGACAAUUGAAUCCUCAAACUAGUCCACGCGCUUCAAUGAUGAUGAAUACAGUACAAAAUCAGGCACCUUCACAAGCUUCACAACAUCAACAAGUUUAUCCGAAUCAACAACAACAAAUUCGUUUCAGCUCAACGAAUUGGAGCGGUAAUUCUCAACAACAAAGCUCUCAACCACAAAGAAUGCCGAUGUUACGCGGCAAUCCGAGUCAAAUGAACCAAAUGAAUACUGUACGUUUCAUUAAUGCCCAAAAUACCUCAGGCGGAAUGAUGAAUAGCCAAAAUGAUGCGUCACAGGAAAUGUUCUAUCAGCAAUCAGAUUAUGGUCAGAUGUCUAUGAAUCAGCAACCGGAAUUGACUCCUCAAGAAAAACUUUCAAAAUAUGUCGAAGACCUAUAACAAUCAUCAUCACUUAUCUAAUCUGUUUGAAUAUCAUUCAAGUGUACAUAUGCAUUUAUUUUGAAAAGUAAAAUCAUGGCCGAUUUUAUUGAAUACGAUCCUCAUCAUUUUUCAUUUUAUUUGUUCAUCAUUUUAUCUUCAUCUGUACACAUACCUAUUCAUCUUUCUUUUUUUUUUUGGUUAAUUUAUCCAUUUUUCUUCCGAUGGACUGUUUACAUCCAUCUGCAUUGCAAUGAUGGUGAUGAUUAUUAUUCAGUGAAUUGAUAAAUUUAUGAUUUUUUUUCAAUUCCGACCUAAAUUUGAAAAAAAAUCACAACUAAUUCUUCAAUUAUACUUCUGUACUUAUAAAAAAAACUUUUAUCUAUCAUAAGUGAAUUUUAACAAAUUGAAUUCAUUGGUCCUUCAUUUCAUUUC